AUGACGAUCCUCCUCCACGAUGUUCAGUACUUACUGCAGAUUCCUGUUGAGGGACGACUGAUGAGUAGGACUUCUGCGCAGCUUGACCAUCGGGAGGUGGGUUUGUGUGCGCUUCUUGGGAUAAACUCGGAGCAGUUAAGUGGUCGUUCGGAGGCCCCUGGAUAUGGUAAUAGGGGUAAGUGGUACGAGAAUGGUGGUUUUCUUGCGGAGAUGGCGUCCAGAUACUUGCAGGUGAACGGGACACAUGUGACAGAGGCGCAGUCGUACUUGUUGUUGCUGUUGCGGUCCACUUUGUUUGUGGACAAGAGUAGGGAUAGGUAG